UUUGCUCUUUUUUCACUGUAGAAUGCUGAAGGAGAGCUGCAAAAGGCUUUAUCUAGAGAUAGUUCAGACUGUUCAAAAGAGCAAGAUGGGAAAAGACACAAAACAGACCAAAAUAAUAUCUCUAAUUUAAGGAGCAAGGAAACAGGGAAACAAGUUAAGGAAGAUUCUGAUGGUGGGGAACCUCCUAAGGAUAAUUAUGUUCAUAUCAGGGCUAAAAGAGGUCAAGCCACAAACAGCCACAGCCUUGCCGAAAGGGUGAGGAGAGAAAGGAUCAGCGAGAGGAUGAGAUUGCUUCAAGAGCUAGUCCCAGGCUGUAAUAAGAUAACUGGGAAAGCAGUGAUGCUUGAUGAGAUUAUCAACUACGUGCAAUCGCUGCAACAGCAGGUUGAGUUCCUGUCAAUGAAACUUGCUACUGUAAAUCCGGAACUGAACUUCGAUAUUGAUCGCAUUUUACCAAAAGAGAUGCUCCAUCAGCAAACGAGCAAUGCAGUUCUUCUUGGUCUUGGUCCUGGAAUGAGUUCCUCUCUUCCUUUCCCUGGAAUUUCACAUGGGAGUUUUACUGGUAUGCCGGGAACUACACCACCCUUCCACCCCUUGCCCCAGCAUGUAUGGGACAAUGAACUCCAAAGCCUUCUUCAAAUGGGAUUUGAAGCAAAUUCCUCUAUAAACAAUAUGGGACCAAAUGGGCGGUCGAAGUUGGAUCUGUAGAUUUCAGGACAGAUGUUUGUGUUGUUUAACCAUGAUGAGAAGAUUCAAUUACCCCAAUUGACUGCAAAAUCUGUUUGCAUACUUGAACAGAAGAUAUAGUGAAAAUUUACUUUACUUUUCUGGAGUUGUAUAGGUUAUUAGCUCCUAACUCAUUUUGUGUUCUUCGAGUUUUAGCAGAAGAGAUUAUUUUUAGAUUUAAGAAAUGACUGUACAUUGAAAGCAAGACUAUCAUUUGGGGUUAGAUGGCUUGUUUCAAUUGUGUUUGUGCAAGUGUAAGAAUUUGUUUUAAGCUUUACGAGGAUUUUGAGAGAAAAAACAUUGGUUAUUUUCUUGUAAAGUCUUGUGAUAGCGGAAAAUAGACGGAAUGGAGCAUUAAUAUAUCAGUGUUCUUUUCCUUUUUA